CUUCCCUAAAAUAUAUGAAGCAGCCCUUGCGUCGUCGCGUCGCGACGCCGCUCCGUCAGUUUAGGGCGCGGCAUUGCGACGAGAGGUUUCACCAACAAGCAAAAAGGAAACACAUCGUUGCGGUUCUCCUGCGUCCAGAGGAAAUCCUUUGUUUUGUUCAUCAUUAAAUGGAAAUGGAAUUGAAAGGAAAGGUGGCGUUGGUGACGGGCGCCGCGUCCGGCCACGGAAGAGAGUACUGCUUGGAACUCUUCAGACAAGGAUGCAGCAUCUCCAUUUGCGACAUCAACACCGAAGCCGGCGAGGAUCUGCUCCACGUGCUGGCCAAGCAGGAUCGAGAUCGCGUCAUCUUCUGUCCCUGCGAUGUCACGGAUUAUCCACAAUUCGAAGAGGCCUUCCAGACGACCAUCUCCAAGUUGGGCGGCGUCGACAUCGUCAUCAACAAUGCUUCGGUGAUGAACGACAGGCUGUGGGAGCUCGAGGUGGACGUAAAUCUGAAUGGAGUCAUUCGAGGCCUCCUGCUGGCCUUCCGGUUUUUAGGCAAGGAUCGCGGUGGGCCGGGGGGAAUCGUGGUGAACGCAGGUGCCAGCCCGACGAUCAACCCCCUCAUUUCGCUGCCCGUUUUCACGGCCACGAAGCAGGCCGUCGCGGCUAUGACCCGUUGCUAUGGUGAUCAGUACCAUGUAAACCUGACGGGCGUCAAGGUGAUGGCCCUGUGCACGGCCCCGAAACCUGCCGUCAUCACGGGGGAUCCCCGCAAGCGACUGCUGAGCGGUGAAUACGAGCAGGCCUGGCAAAGAGAUAUCUCCAACGCAAUACCCAUCAAAUCCGAGCAUGCCGCGAAAGCCCUGAUCGACAUAAUCAAGAAGGCGCCGAGCGGAAGCAGCUGGCUGGUGGACAGCUCGAAGCCGCCGACGGAGAUCAAAUAUUCAUUGGAUUGUGAUCCGUUCGUGGAUAAGGUGGCCAUGGUAACUGGAGGUGGCGGCGGGAUUGGUCUGGAGAUAUGCAAGAGGUUGUUGAACGAAGGCUGCAGGGCCGUAUCCAUCGCUGAUAAAGACGUGUGCAGAGGUGAGAGCGCGCUGAAGGAGAUUGCGGAGAUGUUCGGCAACGAUAGGGCCAUCUUCAUAGAGUGCGACGUGACCAAGUCGGAGAUGUUGGAUUGGGCCUUCAAGAACACGAUACGCGCCUACGAAGGAGUGGACUUUGUGGUUAACAACGCCGGCAUUCUGAACGACAGGAAAUGGCAGUGCGAAAUUGCAACUAACAUUAACGGUUACGUGGUGGGCAGUCUGCUGGCUCUGCAGUACAUGGCAUGCAGCUGCAAAGGAUGCGGUGGAUAUUUGAUCAACGUUAUAUCGACGGACGCGAUCGAGCCGAAGCCUGGAUGUCCCAUAUACUCGAUGACGCAGGCCGGAAUCCUUGGUUUGACGAGGGCGUUGAUCAACGGACGACACUACCAGAGGACCGGCGUCAAAGUGAUCGGUCUGUGCACCGGGUUGACGGAGACGCAGCUGCUCGAAGACGCCGCCUGCGGCACCCUCAACGAGAAGUUCGCCGACGAGCUGCAGGAUGAUCUGGAAGAGGGCUGGAUUCAGCCGCCAGCCGCCGUCGCCGAAGCCCUCAUCCAAACCAUCUGCAAGAAGAAAGCCGCAAUUUACGUCGUCGACAACGGGCACAAUCCGUUCGAAGUCAAAUUUCCGACAAUGGAAAAAAUGGCGAAUUGCGACUCAAAAUGUUGA